AUGGCAACACCGUCAAGUCAAACAACCCAGCGCCUUCUUCGGGAACUGAAAGACUAUGUCAAGUCACCAAAUGAAGCGCUCCUCCAUCUCGGCCCUAUUGAUGAGGAAGACCUGCUUCGCUGGGAAGCAGUUUUAAAGGGUGUGAAUGGGUCUCCCUACGCUGGCGGCCUAUGGCAUCUCCGCAUCGCCAUACCACAUAAUUACCCCCUCGCGCCACCCACUAUUAACUUCACUACCCGCAUUUCUCAUCCCAAUAUCUCCUUCACUACCGGCGAAAUCUGCCUUACCCUUCUGACCAGCGAGCAUUGGAGCCCUGUUUACACCCUUUCGUCAACCUUGACCGCCAUUCAACAGCUGUUGACGGACCCGCAGCCCGAUUCCCCGCUCAAUGUGGAUGUCGCGGCGCUACUCCGAGAUGGUGAUUUACCUGCUUGGGAGAGCGUGGUUCGUUAUUGGACCAGUGAGGAACGAUGGCAGGGGGCUGGGAAUUUAGCGCAAUGA